AUGGCCCUAAAGUUAGUUCAUGAACUGAGGGUGAAAAAGGAAAAAGAUAAAACUCAAUCCAACGUCUUGUAUCGUAUAUUGAAAGAUUCUGUUCUUGUUGUUAAAGAUAAAACAUGUAAAAUACCUGGAAAAAAGCUUCACAGAGCUAAGCUGAGUGUGCACGAGAUAAAUGAGGAAAUGAUUGCAAUCUUGAGUGUGCUCUUACAAGCACAAUCAGCAGCGUAUAACAAGAAUUUAAUGAUAUGCAUGUCAAUUUUUCCAAACUUAAAUGUUUAUACUGACAAUCUAUUACAGAUCUGA